AUGACUCUCUUCAAGGAAUCGCUCUCUGGCAUUUUCUCUUUGUCCAACGAUCUCAGGAGCGCAACAUGGUUUACAUUUGAGCUCGCAGGGAACCAUGGAAAGACUACCUGCGGCCAGGGGUUUGUCAAGCUCUUCCGUAGCUCUCUGGCCGACUUCAACUGGUUCUCAUGGGACGAUCUACCCAGCAAGACCAACUUGGACUUGGCGAACCUUUGA